UAGAGGCUCUGAAAAAAUUUUCAGAGAGAGAAAGAAAAAGAAAAUGAACGUGAAAAACUUGUAAAAGUGGAAAGUGGUGGUGGUUUUAUCAAACCCACUGAUUCCCAUGCACACGCGUCUUUAUAAGCAUCCACCAACCCCUCAAUCCCACGAGCUUUGUUUUUUUUUUUUUUUUUUUCUUUUUUCUUUUAUAGUUCUCUCUCUCCCUGUUUUGCCUCUCCUUUCUCUGUCAUUCUCUGCAACUCCAUAUCGGUUUUUUUCAGAAUGAUGAUAGGAAAAUGAAUUAGUGGAGAAGGAAAAAAAAAAAAGAAAAAAAAAGCAAGAGUAAAAAGAUAAAACCCACUAAGGAAAAAGAGAGAGAGAGAGAGAGAGAGAGAGACACACACACACACACAAAGCCAUAGAGAAAAACACUGAUCAAUCUUUACCGGUCGUUUUUUGUUCUUUCAUUACUGGGUUUUGUUUAUUUUUAUUUUUGUUAGGCUAGGAUUUAACAUUGUAUUUUCUUUUUUCUUUUUCUUUUUUUGGGUUUUAUUGAUAAUCUAUAUAUAUAUAUAUGUAGUUAGAUGUUGUCUGCUAGCUUUGUAAAUGCCUGAAUGGAAACAAAUUAAUUUUUGCUGAGGUUUAUCAUUAAAAGAACAAAAAAAAGGAGAUAAAGGAGGAGAAAAAUAAGGAGGAAAAAAAAAAAAGGAAAAGCUGAUCAAAAACCAAAGAAAGGAACAAAAAUACAAACUUUCUUUUGUUUUUCUGGUGUGUUCUCUCUGAUGCAUGCACGUCUUGUCCUUUGAUCAUGACUGGUGAGGUUCGCUUUGCAUGUCUAUUCUGGGAAGAGUGAUUCUUUCUUCCUGAAAGAAUUUAAGAGGAUAAAUAGAAGGGCGAGAAAGUCGGGGAAAAAGUGAGCUCUGUAAUUUUCUUUUUAUUUUUCUUUCUUUCUUCUUGGUCUUUUAGAAAUGGAGGUCACUGAGUUCUAGCCAAAAAAGAGAGAGAUUUAUGGAACUUUAUUUGGGAUUUUUGGUUUCUCUGUAUUUUUGAAAUGGUGGGUUUAACUGUACUUCCAUCUUUCCAUCCACCUUUCUCUAAAAUUCAAAAAGAAAAAAAAAAAACUUCAAAAAUCUCAAUUUUAUUCAACUAAUUGUGGAAGUUAAACGGUGAGAAUCGAUGGCGGUUUCAGGGUGAAAAAAAAUCCCCUUUUUUCUGAAAGUCUGUAGCUUUUCUCUCUUUUGUUUUCGAGUUAUGCUGAGGAAGAGAUCUAGAGCAACUACAAGUAAGCAAGCUCUAAUGGCAGAUUUUAGCACUCUACCUUCUCCAACAGAGAAAUACAGAAAACCCAUUUCUUCUUUUUUCAGUUCUCCAAGGUUGUUCACCGGUUUCACUUCCAAAGGUUUCUCUGAAACUGAGGCUGUAAUGAGCCCAACUUCCAUACUCGAUAGCAAACCAUUUUCGGGUCUGAGAAACCCAUUUUGGUCCGAAACAAACACCCCCAAAACUCCAGAGCCAGAAACCAGACGCUAUUGGGACAAAUUAGAUUAUAAAGGUAUCGGUCUUGGCAUUGUUGAUGCUCUCAAUGAAGAAAAAUCUGAUCAGAAACCAUCCAAACCUGAAAGCCGAAUGGUUCUAUUUGGUUCCCAGCUUAAGAUUCAAAUACCUCCUUUGCCACCUUCUGUUCUUUCACUAUCUGAAUCCCCCAAAUCACCAGCCGAAUUUGGCAUCAAGACAAGGAAUUCUCAAUUGGGUUCUUCAUCCUCUGGUUUAUCACCUCAGGGAAAGAAAUCAGCAUUUGGAUCUUCGAACUCUGGCCUUGAAACUCCAAGCUCUCCAAGGGUUUUCACUGGUUCUCUCUCUGCUAGUGAAAUGGAGCUUUCUGAGGACUAUACCUGUGUAAUAACCCAUGGUCCUAACCCAAAAACCACUCAUAUUUUUGAUAAUUGCAUUGUGGAAAGCUGCUGUGGUGUUGUGGGAUUCUCUACAGGCAGGAAAGAUAAUGGUUUUGUCUCUCAAAGCUCAAGCUUUCCUUCUGAGAGUUUCCUCAGCUUCUGCUUCACAUGCAAGAAGAACCUUGGGCAAGGAAAGGAUAUUUACAUGUACAGGGGUGAGAAAGCAUUUUGCAGCUGUGAGUGCCGUUACAAGGAGAUCUUGUUGGAAGAAGGAAUGGACAAACUGGAAUCUGAUGGUGUUUAUGGGGAUUGUUCCUGAUAGAUAUGGUUACGGAAAAAGAACUUCAAUAUGGAUUUUUGCCUAAAAAAGAGCCCUACUUUUUAAAGGAUAGUCUUUGUAUCAUCAUUUUAUACAUCAAAGUGAAAGACAGAUUACAAAGACAAAGAUGGUACUCUGGAUUUCUGGAAAACUGAACCUGAUAUCCUUCUCUCUCUUUUUUGGUUUUUCUUUACAUAUAUAUUUUUAUAACCUUUGGCUUUUACUUUCUGCUACUCCCUCUUUGUAGAGAUAGAGGGAUUAAAAAGUCUGAGAUAAUAUUGUAGCGAAUGAUUUUGUUGAAUUGAUAAUUAGGUGAUUGUUGA